GCUCCUUCUCUCUCUCUCUCCUUCUCUGUGACAAAAACGCCUCUUUACCAACUUUUUCGCAGCAACUCCUCCACACGCACAGCUUUAUUUCUUCUCUUCAGUCCUCUCUCUCUUUCUCUCUCUCUCUCUCUCUCGCCAUUACUAUUUCUCCCCUGCUAUUCUCAGCAGCAUCUUAGCAUCUGUAUGGCGACAAUGUUGCCCUCCAAAUCGAAAUCUGGUUUAUCUGAAGCUUCUAACAACAAAGAGAGACCGGCAACUCCUAGGGUUUCCAAAGUAGGCAGGGCCGGAUCACUUAAAUCGGAGCCCAAUUCGCCUUCUCCGACCCAAAAUCCGCGCCAUUCCAUCGAUCGCUCGCCCAGGUCGGUCGAUUCAAAGCCUACCGUCGAUCGCCGAUCACCCAAAACCAGCAGCACUCCAGAAAAACCAACACGGCUGCUGAAGGGAUCAGAGCUGCAAUCGCAGCUAAAUGCUGCUCAAGAGGAAUUAAAGAAGGCGAAGGAGCAGCUGGCUUCUGUCGAGAAGGAGAAGAGCCGCAUUGUUGAAGAACUGAACCAUGCGAAAAAAUCAGCCGAUGAGGCCAAUGAACAGCUCCAAGAAGCACUUUUGGCUAAGAAAAAUGCCGAAGAGGCCACGGAGAUUGAGAAGUUCAGGGCCAUCGAAUUGGAGCAGGUCGGUAUCGACGUGGCCCAAAAGAGAGAGGAUGAAUGGCAGAAGGAGCUCGAAAGUAUUAAAAAUCAACACAAAAUGGAUAUUGAAGCAUUGGUUUUCACUAGCGAAGAGCUUGAGAAAUUAAGGAAGGAAUUAGUGAUGACAAUUGAUGCGAAGAGUGCUGCAUUGAGCCAUGCAGAUGAGGCUAUGAAAAUAGCUGAAGCAAAUGCAGAGAAGGCAGAUCUCCUCUCACAAGAAGUCGGCUCGCUAAAAGCAUUUCUCGAUUCCAAUUUGGAGAGCAAAGCUAAUGAAAGCGAUGAGCUUGUUAAGAAGUUGGAAUUGGAGAUCGCGGAGCUUAAGAGCGAGCUUGAGGAGGCAAGAGCUGUGGAGGAGAAGUUGGUUCGAAUGGAGGCAUUGAUAGAAGAGCUUAAGACUGAGGCUUUUGAGGCCAAAAAUGCUGAAUCAGAAGCUGAUCGGCUUGCAGACGAAUGGAAGAAAAACACGGAACUGUUAGAAGUGCAGCUGGAAGAAGCCAAUAAGUCUGAGAUGGCUAAUAAGGAUUCUCUCGCCUCCGCGAUGGAACAGCUGGAGGAGAAAAUUGCUUUCCUGGAAGAAAAAGAAUCAGAAAUUGCUUCUCUGAAAGGGAAAAUUGAAGCCUUGGAGCUUGAGGUGGCUGGUAAAAAAACCGAUCUUGACGAAUCAAAGCAGCGAUUUGAUGAGUUACAGCAGCAAGUAUUUGAAUUCGAGACGACUGUUGAAAUUCUGAAAAAUAAAGUGCAAAUUUCGGAGGAGGAAAAGGUGGAGGCUUUGAACAAUGGGAAGGUUGCGAGUUCAAAAAUUGAAAGCCUCGAGGAAGAGAGGAAUAAGCUUGUUAGUGAGCUUGCGGCUACUAAAGAUGAAGGAGAGAAAGCAAAGAUGGCAAUGGAAGAUUUGACCUCUGCCCUUCAUGAAGUUUCUGCCGAAUUCAGAGAAGCCCAAGAAAAGUUCUUGGGGAAAGAAGCUGAGGUUGAGUAUGCAAAAGCUCAGAUCGGAGACCUGAAAUUGGCUCUGAACAACACUAAGGAGAGUUACGAGGUAAUGCUUGAUGAGGCGAACUAUGAGAUUGUUUGCCUUCGGAAAACAAUAGAAAGGCUGGAAACAGAAGCCAAAAGCCAUAGGGAGGAGCUGGAUUCAAAAGAACUUAACUUUGCGAGCUCAAACAAACAAUCAGAAGAAGCAAUUGUUGCUUUAAAAGCAGAGAUUGAUAAGGCGAUGGAGGUGGUAAGAAGUGCUGAAAACGAAGCACAGGCCGCGAAGGAAGAGAAAACCGAGAUUCUGAAUAAACUGAAACAAGUUGAAUCUGCAGCGAACGAAGCCAAGAGAGCUGUUGAAGAAGCAAAAGCUGAGAGUUUGCAGUUGAAGGAAAGGUUAUUGGACAAAGAAAAUGAGCUGCAGAAUAUAACUCAGGAGAAUGAUGAACUCCACAUUCAACAGAAAGCUGCUUUGGAGAAGAUCGACGAGCUUUCGGCAGUGCUUGCAGAAUCUAAAGCCAAAAGCCCUAAAGAAGAAAGUAGGGAUCAAUCGAAUGGAGAAAAGUCAGUCGAAGUAGAAGAUCCCAAUGGGUUUGCACGAGAUGAAAGGAGACAGCAAGAGGAGGAUAAAAACAGUAAUGAUGAACAAGCAGAACCAGUCAAGGUAAUGGAAAAAGACUUGGCCACAGAGAAAGAGCAGGAUGAUGAGUUAGUUGAUGAUGAGCUGGAAUCAAAGAUGGACGAAGGUAGUUUCGAUCAAACAAAUGGGUCGACCGCAGAGAAUAGUAUCGGUAACGGAGCUUCUUCACCCACCAAACAACAACAGCUGCAGAAGAAGAAGAAACCUUUGCUGCAUAAAUUUGGGAGCCUGCUUAAGAAGAAGAACAACCAGAAGUAGAGCAUUCUCAUACCAAUAUGGUACUAUGUCUACUUGGUUUGAUUUAUUUUUUUCACCUUUGUUGUGCUUUGUCUCUUGUGCUUACUAUUCCAGUGUUUUGAUGCUUGCAAUAGUCUUCUAAGUGCAUAUCUAUAGAUUUUUAACACAGGGUGGAUCCGAGAGUAUAUCUUGUCUUGUUUGCUUGUUUAAGUAUUUGCAAUGAGAAAAAGCAGUGGAUUCUUCCUUUUUAAAUCCUUA